GGUGAGCAGCCGUGGCAGAGACACGGCGGAAUCUGCGCCAGCGAGCGUACGUUGGAGGCGGAGGGGAGAGGCUGGGGGCGCCCAGUCGGGAGGAGGCAGCAGGGAGGGGACGAACUUCGGCGCCAACUGCUCUGUAACCGCUGCCCAGGUCUGCGCGCUGGAGUCGCGGUCCUCGGGUUGGGGGAACAGGGCUCGCGGGCAGCCGGAUGGGUGGAAGGAAACGUUGACGCCCUCCGCUUCCCGGCCCAUCCUGGUAUCCAUCCUCUGCCUGGUCCUUCAGCGGGACCAGCCGGGGCAGAGGCGGCCUGGCAGCCCGGCGCCCCCUCUCCUCUCCCACCCCCUGCCCCGGUCCUGCGGGGCGCCCCAGGGACUUGGACUUGGCUGAACUCACCCCGCUGAAACUCAGGCCUCGAAUUAUUGGGAGAGAAAGAUACUACGGCUGCUGCAAGCAUUUACCACAGUGCCCAGCCUGAAGAGUUCUUCAGAGACCCUGGCUUCUCUCUCUCCAGAAGAGGGGAAAGUGCAUAAUCCAGUAUUGCUGAAGGAAAACUUCUGCAGUGCGUAAGAUGCUGCUUGAAUGAAUAAAGAACAUUAUUUAAAUUUCCUUUGACGUGUUUUCUAUUUUUCUUCCCCCUUUCAUGUGAUAGCGGAUACAUGGCAAGCAAACAGCGAGAAAUCCAGUUACAGGAGACCAUCAAUAAUCAAAGCCUGUGGGAGGAGAUGUUGCAGAACAAAGGCCUAACAGUGAUCGAUGUUUACCAAGCCUGGUGUGGACCUUGCAAAGCAAUGCAAACCUUAUUCAGAAAAUUGAAAAAUGAGCUGAACGAAGAUGAAAUUCUGCAUUUUGCUGUAGCGGAAGCUGACAGCAUUGUGACUUUGCAGCCAUUUAGAGAUAAAUGUGAACCUGUUUUUCUCUUUAGUGUUAAUGGCAAAAUUGUGGCAAAAAUCGAGGGUGCAAAUGCACCACUUGUGAGUCAAAAAAUUAUUACCUUGAUCAAUGAGGAGAAGAAAAUUGCAGCAGGUGAAAUGGUUCGACCUCAGUAUCAUGAAAUUGUGUUUGUAGACUCAGAUUCAGAGGAUGCUGGGGAAGCAAGCUAUGGAAGUGUUGACCAACUAUACAGCAUUGCCAUUAUCAAACCCAAUGCUGUGACUGCUAGAAAAGUUAAAGAAAUUAAAGAAAAAAUUAUCGAUGCAGAAUUUGUCAUAGAAGCAGAGGAUAAGAAAAUGCUCACUGAAGAACAAGUGAGGUACUUCUACAGCCGAAUAGCAGACCAGCCUGACUUUGAAGAUUUUGUUUCUUUUAUGACAAGUGGCCUAAGCUAUAUUCUAGUUGUAUCGCAAGCAAAGGAAAAAUGGCCUUCCUGGGAUGGAAGUGAAUCUAAUUCUGAGACGGAAUCUAAAGAACCAUGGGAUGACCACGAGAAGACGGCCAAGUCCUCGGGGAUGAAGCAGAAGAGGGAAAGUUUCCAAGAAUACCUAGAAAGACAACAAAUAUCUCAGUUUUGUGAUGUUGAAGAGAAUAUAAGUAAUACUAAGUUUAUUGAUGUCUUCAUCCCUGAUUUUAAAAAAAUUAAAGGCAUAAAAUUAGAAAAGAUACUGGCAUUACUUCGACCAGCCCUCUUUAACAAAAGGAAAGAGGAUGUUUUGAAUAUUAUUCAAGAUGAAGGCUUUAAAAUACUGAUGCAGAGACAAAUAGUGUUAUCAGAAAAAGAAGCAAAAACACUGUGCAUGGAACAUGAAAAUAAAGAUUAUUUUGGAAAUCUUAUAGAAAAUAUGACCAGCGGUCCAUCUCUAGUCCUUGUUUUAGUAAGAGAAAAUGGUUUAGGACACUGGAAACAGUUAAUUGGACCAAGCUCUGUGGAAGAAGCCAAAGAAUACCUUCCAGACAGUUUAUGCGCACAAUUUGCAAUGGAGAGUUUGCCUAUCAACCACUUGUAUGGAAGUGAUUCACUAGAAGCUGCCGAAAGGGACAUACAGUAUUUCUUUCCUCCUGAACACACUGCAGCACUGAUUAAACCUCAUGUAACACAAGAGCAAAGAGAGGAUAUCCUGACGCUUAUCAAAGAGGCUGGAUUUGAUAUAACACAGAUGAAGGAGACGCUCCUAACUGAAGAGGAAGCAGACAAAAUUUAUUUUAAAAUAAAAGGAAAAGCCUUUUAUAAAGAUGUAUUGGAAGUUUUAUCGGAGGGUCCAUCUUUGGUCAUGAUCCUGACCAAGUGGAAUGCUAUUUCAGACUGGAGACGAUUGAUGGGUCCCACAGACCCAGAGGAAGCAAGAUUUCUGUCCCCAGACUCUAUCCGAGCCCAGUUUGGAAGAAGUAUGUUGAAAAAUGCUGUCCAUGGAGCUUCUGAUAUGCAGGAGGCAGUGGAGGCUAUUAAUAGAGUGUUUGAAGACUUUGUUGCUGAGAACCCUGAGAAAAACUAA